GAAGAGAAAAAUGGCUGGAGCUUUGAUCGGAGAGGCCUUUAUUUCUGCUUCCAUCCAGGUGAUUUGUGACAGAAUUGCUUCACCCGACUUCAUCGACUUAUUUCGGCACAAGAAACUCGAUCAACCUCUCAUCAUGAAACUCAAGAGGACCCUGUUGACCUUGAACGCAGUGCUUGAUGAUGCAGAGGAAAAGCAAAUUGAGAAACCAGCUGUGAGAGAGUGGCUUGAUGACCUCAAACAUGCAGUCUUUGAUGCUGAAGACUUGCUGGAUGAGAUCGACUAUGAAGCUUUGCGAUGCAAGCUGGAAGGUGAAGCUCAAACAGCGGACAAAUUAACCAACAAGGUUCGGAACCUCCUCUCUGCUUCUCGUAAUAAGUUUUAUCAAAGCAUGAAUGUUAAGAUACAGGAGUUGUUACGAAAACUAGAAGACUUUGUACAACUGAAAGGUGCUCUUGGUUUGACAGAAGUUGUUGGGAGGAAGGUUUCACAAAGAACUCCAACAACUUCCUUGAUUCAUGAACCCUAUGUAUAUGGUAGAGAUGAAGUCAAAGAAAAUUUAUCAAAAGUGUUGUUCUCUGAUGAUGCAAGUGAGGAAAAUGUGUCUGUCAUCCCCAUUGUUGGAAUGGGUGGGGUUGGCAAGACAACCCUUGCUCGAAUGCUUUACAAUGACAAUAAGGUGAAAGAGCAUUUUACCCUUAAGGCUUGGGCUUGUGUUUCAGAAGAUUAUGAUGCUAUCAGGGUAACUAAAACUCUUCUCGAGUCAGUGACUUCAAAACCUUGUAAAAAGACAGAUCUGAAUUUGCUUCAAGUUGAGCUAAGUGAAGAACUGAGGGGGAAGAAAUUUUUGUUUGUAUUGGAUGACCUUUGGAAUGAGAAAUAUACUGAUUGGAACUACCUCCAAACUCCUUUUACUUCAGGGGCAAGGGGAAGUAAAGUCCUUGUAACAACACGGAACAAAAAUAUAGCAUCUUUCAUGCAAAAUGUUCCUAUUCACACCUUGAAACCAUUGUCGCAUGAAGAUUGCUGGUUCUUACUUGCAAAACAUGCAAAUGUAAACUCUAGUUCUGAUCCAAGCUUGGAAGAAAUCGGCAAGAAAAUUGCACGCAAGUGCAAUGGGUUGCCUUUAGCUGCACAAACACUUGGCGGUGUGUUACGUUCAAGGCCAGACUUUGAGGUAUGGAACAGAGUACUAAACAGCAGCAUUUGGGAGUUACCUUACAAGAAAAGUGACAUUCUUCCUGCUCUAGGAUUGAGUUAUCAUUAUCUUCCAGCUAAGUUAAAACGAUGCUUUAUUUAUAGUUCAAUUUUUCCAAAAGACUAUGAAUUCAAGGUAGAAGAUGUUAUUUUUCUUUGGAUGGCGGAAGGUUUAAUUCCGCAAGCGGAGAACAUGGAAGAAGUGGCUAAGGAAUAUUUUGAUGAACUGUUAUCCCGAUCAUUGUUUCAAACGUCAGGGAAAUCAAGUUUCGUCAUGCAUGAUCUCAUCAAUGACUUCGCGGUGUUCAUGUCUAAAGGAUUUUGCUGCAGGUGGGAAGGGAGGGAAUCACAUGAAGUAGAAAGAGUUCGCCAUUUGUCUUAUGCCAGGGAAAAAUUAGAUGUUGCUGUUAAAUUUGAGCCAUUAAAAGGGGCUAAGUGUUUGCGUACCUUCCUAUCUAUCUCUUUAAAACCAUAUUACAGGCUUGAACGUUAUUAUGUAAGUAAAAAGGUUCUUCAUAAUUUGUUGCCAUCACAAACAUGUUUACGGGUGUUGUCAUUGUCCUGUUAUGUGAAUGUCAUUGAGUUACCUGAUUCCAUUAAAAAGCUCAUUCACUUGCGCUAUUUGGAUCUCUCCAAUACUGCAAUUGAAACGUUACCCAGUGUACUUUGCAGCCUCUACAAUUUGCAGACAUUAUUAUUGUCAGAUUGUUCCCGUCUCGUUGAAUUACCUGCAGACUUGAGAAAAUUGAUAAAUUUACAGAAAUUAAUGUUGGGAGGUUGCAAGUCUCUUACUAAAUUGCCUGUAGACAUGUGGGAAUUAAUUAAUUUGCAUCAUCUUGACGUGAGUGGAACUAAAAUUGCAGAGAUGCCAAUGCAAAUGAGUACAUUGAAAAGCUUGAGAACAUUGUCCGCUUUUAUUGUGGGCAAAUCUACUGGGUCGACUAUUGGAGAAUUGGGGGAGCUUCGACAUCUUGGAGGAAAACUUUCAAUUUUGCAGCUACGAAAUGUAGUAGAUGCUAGGGAUGCCUUGCAAGCAAAUUUGAAGGAUAAGAAAGAUCUCAAAGAGUUAUAGUUGGAAUGGGGUGAUGAAGAUGCGGAUGAUUCCCAAAAGGAGAAAGAUGUACUUGAGAAGCUCCAGCCUUGGGUGAAUCUGGAGAAACUAACCAUCAGUGGGUAUGGUGGAAAAGAUUUCCCGAAUUGGCUAGGGGACUCGUCCUUGUCCAACAUACAAGUCAUGUGUAUUAGUGAGUGUAGUAAUUGUUCGUCGCUGCCACCGGUUGGGCGGCUACCUACCCUCAAAGAGCUCUAUAUAGGAGGAAUGAAACUUGUUAAGACGAUUGGUGUUGAGUUUUAUGGCAGGACUGGAUCUUCUGUAAGUCAGCCAUUUAAAUCACUGAAGAAGCUGGAGUUUUGGGGGAUGGAAGAGUGGGAGGAAUGGGUACCAAGUGGAAGUGGAGGUGCAGACUUUCCUUGUCUACAGGAGCUCAUACUAAGGGUGUGUCCGAAGCUGAGAGGAAGCUUGCCUUGUGAUCUCCCUUGCUUGAAGAAGCUUAGCGUGCGAGGGUGUGGGGUUUUACAUGAUCAAAGGGCCACUACUGCUACUAGUGUUAAAAUGGAUUACAAAUCUCUUGAAGAAUUGAGAAUAGGAGGAGGAUUAUUUGAAACUGAACAAACACUUGGCGGUGUGUUAUUUUUACUAGAGAUAAAGCUCCUGUCCGAACUUGAGAUUGGGGGUUUAAAUGGCAUACAGUGCUUGCCCAACAUCAAUCGUCUUCAAAGUUUGAGACUAUAUAAUUGUCCAACCCUGUCGUCCUUCCCUGAAGAUGGGCUACCCACUACGUUGACAUUACUUGUGAUAGACUUUUGUAGGAGAUUAGAAUUACCUCAUGAGAUGUUGGCCAAAUUAACAUCGCUCGGGCAUUUGACGAUAUCCCAUAGCUGUGAUUCAAUGAGGUCCUUCCCGUUGGGCAUUUUUCCCAAAUUGACGUCGCUUUUCUUUUGGGAUUGUAAGAAUCUGGAAUCCUUUUCCUUGAUUGAAGAAGAAGGAGUUGAUGAGAAUCUCAGUCGACUCAGUAUCGCAGACUGUCCAAAUCUGGAGUGUUUUCCCCAGGGAGGAUUGCCCACUCCCAACCUGACUGACUUGGAAUUCAUUAGUUGCAAGAAGUUGAAGUCAUUACCCGAACGCAUUCACACCCUCACAGCCAUUCGGGCAUUGAGGAUGGUUGAUCUUCCAAAUCUGGAGUCAAUUGCAGAAGAUGGGGGUUUGCCUCCCAACCUCCGACAUUUUAGCAUUAAGAAUUGUGAGAGACUGAGGGCUCCAUCUUCAUCAGUGGGAGACUAUUGUAAUUGGGGUUUGCAAUCCCUUGAAAAAUUUGAAAUUGGUGGCAGGGGAAGUGACGAAAUCUUGGAGACGUUGCUCAAGCAACAGCUGCUCCCUACCACUCUUCAACGCCUCGAGAUCAGUCAACUUUCAAGUCUGAAAUCUUUGGACGCAAAGGGACUUAAACACCUCACUUCUCUUUCUUUUCUGAGCAUCUCUUAUUGUUCUGCCCUGGAAAAAAGUCCGAAAUCUUUGGAGAGAAAGGGACACCUCACUUCUCUUCAACACCUACGAAUGGAAAGCUGUCCUAGUCUCGAAUUUCUGCAACUUCAACACCUCACUUCUCUUCAAAGGCUAUAUAUUAGUUGGGGUGACAAUCUCCAAUUCAUGCCAAAAGAGGGUUUGCAGCCAUCUCUUUCUUUACUGCAGAUCUACAAAUGUUCUGGCCUGGAGAAAAGAACGCUACUUUGUCAACUUUGUUGGCUCAGCUUCCAACUGGGGCCCACCGCCAUCUCUCUCUCUCUCUCACAUCCCUUGUAUCCAAUGUUUCACUCUCAACUCUCAAAUCAAACUCAGCAUACCAUGGAGAGCUUAACAUUUGCAAGGUUUCUUUACGUGGCAUUCCCAGAGCAGGGUUCACCAUUGUAUAUAGCCUUUUGUUUUUCUGCAAAAACAAUUGUCACAGCAAGGAGAAACAGAAAGGCCCACCUGGAAUAUCUCAAUUUGACGCAUUUCUGCAAACAGGCAUCGAAUGUACAUCAUUUUAGAAAACUCACAUUCGUACUUCCGUCCCAAUUGGCAUGCUGCCUCAUCUUCUUUAUACUGUUACCAGCUUGAAGCUUUUGUAGAUAUGUUAGGCUCUUGUAGUUCCGAGUGCUUGACAAAUUGAAAGUUCCAAUUAGAUCUUUUAGCAGAAGUUGUGGAGGAGUUAGCCGCACAGAAUGAAAAACUACAAAUGCCAUCUUCUUUCAUACCAUUUUUCAAAAGUCCAUUCAUCCCAUUCUUCUUCAACAAUGCAGGAAGUUAUACUAGUCGCAUGGUUCAAUGGAGACUCGAGAAACUUUCUCAUGUUUGGAGGUCAAAGCAACUCAUGUAGGCAACCAUGCAUGAUUUCAGAGUCGAAGCUGAUGCUGUAAUCAUAAAUUUCACCUUAGCUGCUUCACUGUAAAUGCCUUUCUGUGCUCGCUUCUUCUGAUCAAACGAAGCAGUUUCAUACAUUGCAUGCAUUGUUUCAUCAGCAUUUCAGACGGAAAAUGAGCCUUGAAUUGUCUUCUAAGCCAAUGGAUUUUUCUAGAAUCUGAAGUGCAAUGGAAAAUUACUGAAUUGAUCUACACAAAGAGUAAACAUUUUUUCUGUUGGAUGCUGGAAGUGCCUCUUAUAAGUGGCUAAGUUGCGAUAUGUGGUGCCAUCAAAUACUCUGCAAAGGGUUCAAGUUGACACCGGAGUUGAACAAGGAUUAGGUCAGCUGUAUAUUUCGCGGAACAGAUCAAGCAUAGUCAUACAUGGCAUGGGUCACUUUCAUCAUCAUUUCAGACGUAAAAUCAGCCUUCAACUGUCUACUGAGUCAAUAGACCUUUCUAGGUAUCUCAAGUGCAAUGGAAAAUUCAUGACUGACUUAAAGAUUCGCAAAGAGUUUUCUCUUUGAAAUGUGAACUGCAGAGAGUGAUAUAGGGUGAAGGAAUCAGAGCUGACCGUGAGGGCAGCUGAUGCGCAAUGUUAUUGCAACUGGCAACAUGGUCCGAAGUGGCAAUUUCAUUCAGAAGCAAAGCUCUAGUAAGGAAAUUGGUCGAGGUUGGGGCAGGGAUGAUUGACGGUGAAAUGGGUGUUAAUUUUUCUCACAGCCCAUUCUCAAAGUUUUUAUUUGCAAAUGUAAGAGAUUGGAGUAUUUUUAUUGAAAGGAGAUGACAUGUUCCCUAGACUAGCCAAUCUAAGUUCCUCCAAGUUUUUUAUUUUUAUUUUUUAAAUUUAAGCAAUCUGUGGUCUUAGAUUGAUCUGGUGGUGCAAAUCAGUCCUAGUUUCUUUUCCAAAAUGUCAUCAAUCGGAACCUUGUAAUUGAGAGCAAUAUGCUAAAUGUUGUUGGAUUGGAUCUAUCCUCUUCAUUGUAAACCUAAUGUCUACGAGGCCUUCAAGGUGUUUAUGCCUAACGUUGAGAAUUUGUAAUAUGAGUUAUUUACACAAACACCCCCCUAAGGUUUUCGGUGUUUUCACAAA